UUCAGAUAUUGGAACAUUGAUCUCAUCAGAUCCCUGUUAUUUGAAGGCAGCAUCAACAACAUCAACAUCAGGGUUCUAAAGCUUAAAAUGGCGUCUGCAGACAAACGUAUAUAGUAAAUAUGGCCAAACACUUGUCAGAGACAUAUGGUGAUCCACCUGGGCAUCCAGGAAUUGAUGAAAUAAUUGAUGAUAUCAGAAAGGCAUCAAUGGAUGAUAUAGUAUUCAAAUCCUCAAAUACAAUAAAGAAAAACUCUGAUUUGGAAAACCUGUCAAAUUUACUCAACGAAGAGAGAGAGCUUUUAAUACAAUCACCAACAGAAGAUAACAGAAAACAGUUAUCUCCAAAGAUAACUUACGAAAUGGCAACAAGAUUUCUGGAACAAAAUCAAAAUAUGAGGUCAUUACUAAAACUACUGGAAACAAAUGCUGGCUCUCUAUCGUCAAUGAAAACAGAGAUUCUAGCUCAUUUGACUAAGGAAGAAACCUGGUGCUGAAGAAGAGCCAUGUAUAGAAAAUCCACAUCAAAAGAGUUGGUACUAGGAUGCUUAUCAUCUGGGUACGAAAUUGUAAGUGGCCAAGGUAUGUGCUAUCUUCUUAUUCUUAAUAUAUUGGUUUUGAAAACUGCGUUUCUUAUAAGAUCGU